CGGCUCGAGUAAGAAGAGAAGUGACUGACUCCACACAGUUCUCAUCGGCUCUUGAUAACUGGAACUUGCCCUCGAACCCCCCGCCCUCCCCCGCUGAGAUAACAGCGCGCGAACUUCAGCUGAGACCUCAACCAUGUCUUCCUCGGCUUUGCCUCUGUCUCCGUCCCGAGUCCCGCGCAGAUCCAGCGCCAGCCAGAGGAGAGCGGCAGCCCGGCCCAGCCUGACCAGCCGGAUCAUGGACAUCAUGUCUGCGUCCACAGACCGGGCAGGCAUGUCUCUGGCGGCCCUCAAGAGGUCCCUAAAGGACGGAGGGUAUGACGUGGAGGCGAACAAGUCCAAAAUCCGAGGUGCGGUCAAACGCAUGCUGGCCAACCAGUCCUUGGUCCAGACCAGAGGAGCUGGAGCUUCUGGAUCAUUCAAGCUCAACACGAACCCCCCGCCCUCUGGCAGGGACAGGCCCACCACCAAGAAGCGUUCCACUAAAGGUGCCAAGGCUUCCGCCAGAGGAAGAUCUGCCCGGGCCUCUACAUCGGACCAGUCCCCGGACAGGAGGAGGCCGGGCGGCAAAAGGUCCAAGAAGUCUUCCAGGAGGGCUACAACUUCUAUGAGAGCUUCAACCUCCCGCAGGCCUACAACCUCCAAGAGGCCUGCAGCUGCCAAGAAACCAAAGAGCAGGACCAAAGCCAAGGCACCCACCAGGUCCAGGACCAGGUCUUCCUCAAGAAAGUGACGACCUCCUCUCACCGCUGCAUCACACGAGGACAUUUUCUUCACUGAACCUGAAGGACUCGACUAAAAUGUGGCUUUUUAGUCCGGUUGUUUCUGGAGCUAAACAUCUUGUGUUGACUUGAAACUAUAAAAGCACAUUCAAAUGAUUUCAUCCUCGCGUGAAUUAAAAACAUAAAUGCCAUAAAAACUAUCGUGAUAUUAAACUGGUCUACAUGAUUCCUUCAUGUUUGGGAUGAAAGUAUGGCUUUAAAUCCCUUUGAAUCCUUGAAGUGUAGUAAAGAUCAUCAGAGAAAGGAACGUACAGUGCGCUUCCAAGACUAAAGCCAUAUUUGCUGACAGUACGUGGGAUUUUACUUUAUCACAAGCAUAUACUGAGUCAAACAUGAAACAGACACUGCAAGAGAAUAUUGUUUUAAUGAGUGAUGCCAUUCAUACUGAGACAAGAUUGUACUUUUGGGUUGAAUUAAUUGUUCACCUUUUACAUUUACAGGUCAACACCACCUUAGUCACAUGCACAUUAUUGACACCACGGCAUCUGCCAGGUGUGUUGCGAGAUAAACAAGGCUGCGGACGGGUGUGACCAGCUGUGCUCAUGUUAUCAGUUCUGUAAUGGUCUGAUAUGAAAGGCAGCACAUGGGCUGCACUUUAAUUUGGAUAUGAAGUGAAUCAUUAUAUUUUGAUCACAAUCACUCAAUAAAUAAAUAUAUAAAUCGCACAGUCUAGCUGGACAUCGCAGGUGCAUGACUCCACACCACCCUCCAGUGGAAAGGUCGAAAUGUUUUAAAAAGAGAAUCGAGU